AUGGCCGCCCUCAGACCCCUUGUGGAGCCCAAGCUCAUCAAAAAGAUGGUCACCUGGCACCGGUCUGACUGGUAUGUUAAAAUUAGGCGCAACUGGAGGAAACCCAGGGGUAUUGACAACAGGGUUCAUAGAGGGUUCAAGGGCCAUCUGGUCUUGAUGCCCAACAUUAGUUAUGGGAGCAACAAAAAAACAAAGCACGUGCUGCCCAGUAGCUUCUGGAAGUUCCUGGUCCACAACGUGAAGGAGCUGGAAGGGCGGCUGAUGCGCAGCAAACCUGAUGACGCAGAAGUCGCUCACAAAGUUUCUUCCAAGAACCACAAAGCCAACAUGGAAACAGCCGCCCACCCGGCCAUCAGACUCACCAACCCCAAUGUCACACUGCAGUGA